CAAUCACUAAAUGAUUAAAUUAAAAUCAACAAUUUGUUUCGUUCGGUAGACUCGCUUUUCCUUGUUUAGUGCUUAAAUUACGAAAAUCCCUUCAAUAUUCUAAUUUUAAACCGUACAAUCCCUUUCUUUUACAAUAUGAUGCAGGACUGUGUCGAAGAUUCAUCGCAGGACCCUUUGUCAACUGUUCCGAUCGCUGACCCAGCUCCAGCUACCAUGGAAACAAAAGUUGAGAAAAAGAAGCCAAAUGAGAAUGUCUCUUUAGCUGAUAAUAGUCUUCUGGUAGACAUAUCAGAUGCUCUAAGCGAAAAAGAAAAAGUCAAGUUCACUGUUCACACCAAAACAACUUUACCGGAGUUCCAAAAAUCAGAGUUCAUAGUAGUACGUCAGCAUGAAGAGUUUGUCUGGCUACAUGACCGUUAUGAAGAGAAUGAGGAAUAUGCUGGUUAUAUAAUCCCUCCAGCACCUCCUCGUCCUGAUUUCGAUGCCUCCCGCGAGAAGCUACAGCGACUGGGCGAGGGGGAAGGAGCCCUCACUAGAGAAGAGUUCCUUAAGAUGAAGGAGGAGUUGGAAGACGAGUACCUGGCGACCUUUAAGAAGACAGUGGCGAUGCACGAAGUAUUCCUCCAGCGCCUGGCUGCUCAUCCUGUCUUCCGCAGGGAUUCUCAUCUCAGGGUAUUCCUGGAGUACGAACAGGAUCUCUGUGCCAAGCCAAGAGGCAAGAUGGACCUCAUUGGUGGACUGGUUCGGUCAAUGACAACAACCACUGAUGAGAUAUACCUCGGGGCGACCGUGCGAGACGUGAACGACUUCUUCGAGCAGGAGACGUCGUUUCUUCAAGAAUACUACUCGCACCUCAAGGAGGCAGUCGCUAAAGUCGACCGUAUGACGUCGAAGCACAAAGAAGUGGCGGACGCUCACAUCAAGCUGUCGUCUUGCAUAACUCAGCUCGCGACCAGAGAGCAGCCUCCCAUGGAGAGGUUCCUCACGAAGGCCUCCGAGACAUUUGACAAGUGCCGGAAAAUCGAGGGUCGCAUGGCGUCCGACCAGGAUCUGAAGCUGGCGGACACUCUCCGGUACUACAUGAGAGACGCUCACGCAGCGAAAGCGGUGCUCGUGAGGAGACUCAGAUGCUUAGCUGCCUACGAAGCGGCCAACAGGAACUUGGAGAAGGCGAGAGCGAAGAAUAAAGAUGUUCACGCUCCGCUGGAGGUGCAAGAGGCCGAACAAGGUCAGGCGGAGGCGUGCGCUAAAUUCGAGCAGCUGUCCGCGAGAGCCAGGGAGGAGCUCAUCGACUUCAGGACCAGACGGGUGGCCGCCUUCAGGAAAAGCCUUAUAGAACUAGCGGAAUUGGAGAUAAAGCACGCGAGGUCACAGCAGGAGUUGUUUAGGAAAUCACUUCAAGUGCUUAGGGAGUGUCAGUGAACUGAAUGCGGCUUGGAACGACAAUAUCGGAAAGUCCAAUUCGAAGCAGGCAAUAAUAGCCCUUAUCUCUUUGCCUGUAAAGUUUAUGUUUCAAAUCGUAUGUCUCGGAUGUGAUAAGGUAAUUUUAUUUCAUGAAGCGUUAAUGGAUUCUGUGUGCUCAGUGUUUUUAACGUUCUCGAUAACGUAAAAGUUAACGCAAAUUUGUAUGCAGUUGGAACAGUGCCCCCCUGGCGUUAAUUUUUACGCUAUCGAAAACGUUAAAAACCUCGCACUAAGCACACAGUAAUGAAGUCAAAAUACGUAGGUCAUUCCGUUUUGGAUGUCAUUCAUUGCAGGUUCAGAUCUUAAGAUGAUAAGACAUGUUCAGGCUCAUUAUUAUAAUAAUAUUGUUAUAAAUUCCUCUUGUUUAGUAUAAUUAUCACCAUUUAUUUUAUAUUUUUAUAGGAGCACCCUGUAUAAUUGUAACUGUAGUCAUCAGAAAGGCCAUGAUGUUGGUAACUUCGAUGAUA